AAUUACAGACGUGCCCCGCUUGGUAGAUAGCCGCGGGCGCGUGGAAAGUGUUGCGGUCACUGUUUUCCGGUAUCGCUGAAGUCUCACUUUGCUUCACGUCGAGGACGAACUCGCUUCUACUUAGCAACCAUGCCGCUACAACACGGCUGCAUCCAGGCUUAUUCGCCGUGGUGCCGAGUCAUCUCUUCUAUUCUUCUCCUUGGGGUCCUUGCAAGAGUCGCCGAUGGUAUGGUUCAAAAUUUCCAUUACGAGGACGAGACAAGCCCCAUGUUCCAGCUCGAGACUUUUGGGUUUCGACCAGGGGGAGUUCCUGAGAAAACAAAGGAUGCGACCGUCCGUGCCGGUUUUUUGAUGCAUUUGACCGAAAGCGAGACGACUGCCCGGCAGGACUUGGAGGAGGCGCUCGAACGUCUGGCGGCGGACCAGGAGGACUGUUGGCUGGAUCACCGGGGGCCGAACGACGAGGUCAUCGACCUCUCCGACCCCGAAAGCUGGGCGGAAAAGCAGGUGCAGCACACCGUGGCGCCCGGGGAGGAAGGGCUCUACUCCUUGAUUUUCGUUCGCUGCCAGCCCGCUCCCUCGGCCGUAUCCUUCAAAAUCCACGCCAAAUUCUACAACCCCGGACCGAAUUACCUAUCUGCGGGGGAGGCCCCCUUGCCGACUCUGUACUUCGUCUUUUUCCUCUGCUACCUGGUGGCGAUGGCGGCCUGGGUGGCGGUCUGUCGGCGCCGGAAGGAGCACGUCCACCGCAUCCACAACAUGAUGCUGGCUCUGCUCGUGUUUAAAACCCUCUCCCUUCUCUUCGAGGCGGUGCGUUUCCAGGCCUACCAGAAACACGGGCUCACAGGCCAUGCGGACGGGUGGGCGGUCGUGUACUACGUCUUCGCCUUUGUGAAGGGGAUCAUGCGCUUCGUUGUGAUCCUCCUGAUCGGGACCGGGUGGAGCCUGCUCAAGCCCUACCUGUCCGACCGGGAGAAGAAGGUGGUGCUCGUGGUCCUGGCCUUGCAGGUGAUCGAUAACACGGCCAUGGUUGUGCUGGACGAGUUGUCGCAGACGUCGCCCGGAUCGGCAUCGUGGCUGACAUGGAGGGAUAUCUUCCAUUUGAUCGACAUCGUAUGCUGCUGCGCCAUUCUCUUCCCCAUCGUCUGGUCCAUCCGCCACCUCCGACAAGCGGCGGCCGCGGACGGCAAGAUGGAGCAUAUCCUGCGGAAGCUGACCUUGUUCCGGCAAUUCUACCUGAUGGUGGUCGCCUACAUCUAUUUCACCCGCAUCGUGGUGUUCCUGGUCAAAGCCACGCUUCCCUACGAUCUCCUCUGGCUCCAAGCGUUCUUCGAUGAGGGGGCCACAUUUUUGUUCUACACAGUGACAGGAUGGAAAUUUUGCCCGGCGGACGCAAACCCAUAUUUGGCGGUCGACACGGACGAACGAGACGCGGCAGAAUUGGAAGAGUUUGGACUGGACGAUUAUGAGGACGAUUUGGGCGAGGAGGAGGAGGACAUGAGGGAGGAAGGGAGGGAUGUGGGCGGCAUUGAGAUGAGGGAAGGUCCGGGGCACGGGAGGCAUCGUGGUCAACCCAAGCCAGGGGGGUGGAAUUCUAUCGUGAGCGUAUAGAAGAGAGUUAAUGGAAAGAGCCAAAAAAGGAGGACAAGAAAGUCAAGCACAGCACUGUAUGUAAGAUAUAGCAUGUCCUGCCACAAAACGGAGGAAAUGGAGGAAGACAGACGCAAGAAACUGUAAUUGAAUAAGGGCAAGAAACUAAAUGGUACGGCG